CGAGCGCGCGCACAGACACGCACACACACUACCGCGAGUCGCGACUCACUCACAUGGUUGUAGAUGGGCACCGUGGAUGACAUUAAUCUGAAGUUAAUCCUGUAAAAUAUUCCGUGGUCAAUGCUUUUUGAAUGUAUGUGCCGUGUUACUUUCAUGGUUACUUCGGCGCUGUUCUUAUUUCGUGCGUGCGUCCUUGCGUGUUAACUGAUCUCUGCAUUGUUCACUCAUCCUAAACACCACACAUUUUUUUUCAGAACAUGCGUAAUGGAUCAGAGACAAGAAGAUUCGACGGCCACUGUGGAUGUAGCAGAAGGUCUUGAAAUGUUAGAGAUACGAAAUGAUGUAGAACCCAGUCGAACCACAGAGUAUCAUCCUCUCCUCUGCCCUUAUGCUGUGGAGGAAUUCGAGUUGCCCACCAGCCUUCAGCUUCAUGAUCUGCCAUUGUUCCCUCAGUGGCACCUGCCACUCAAGCUCACGGCUUCCUUGAUGGUUUCCACGUUCCUCUAUACACUGCUAAGGGACGUGGUGCAACCGCUGGUCACCCAGAGCCGGAAUGACUCCUACAAGAUCCCCAUCCUGGUAAUGAACAAAGUGCUACCCUGGACCUCCAUCACCUUGCUGGCCACCGUGUACCUGCCCGGGGUGCUGGCAGCAAUCCUUCAACUGCACAGAGGCACCAAGUACAGCCAGUUCCCCGCAUGGCUGGUGAGGUGGAUGUCUGCGAGGAAGCAGCUGGGUCUGCUGUCCUUCCUGCUGGCCUGCCUACACGCCCUCUACAGCCUCAGCUACCCCAUGAGGAGGUCCUACAGGUACAAGCUGCUCAACUGGGCCUACCAGCAGGUGAAGCAGGAUAAAGAGGAUGCAUGGGUGGCGGAUGACGUGUGGAGGAUGGAGAUCUACGUCUCCCUUGGAAUUCUGGGACUUGGAGUCCUGGCGGUGAUUGCUAUGUCCUCUUUGCCAUCCGUGAGUGGGUCGUUCAACUGGAGAGAGUUCCAGUGCAUUCAGAGAACCCUGGGAUACCUGUCUCUGCUACUGUGCACUGCCCACUGCCUGGUGUUUGGCUGGCGGAAGUGGGUGGAGCUGAAGCACUACGUGUGGUACACCCCACCGUCCUUCAUCCUGGCCUCGCUGCUUCCUGCCCUCGUGCUGUUGGUCAAGAUGGUGCUGUGUCUGCCGUGCCUGGACCGGAGGCUGGAGCGGAUUCGCAGAGGCUGGGAAAGACCGCACUGCCAGUAGCUAGCUACACACAUGGGGUAACCCCAGUAGGUGCCAGCAUUUCAGACAGCUUUAAGACUUCUUCAGGACUUUUUAAAAUGUGCUAUUAUAUUGUCCUCUUUACAGCAAAAGUAAAAAGACAAAGGCACAUAAUUGGUCAUUGGUUGAGGCCGGUAUCAAGAUGCUUGCCAUGCACUUGACUAAUAAUAAGCAUUUAGUCAUCUGAACCAUUUUGUCACAUGUAAAUGGAUACAAUCUGCUGUGAAUGGAUACAACUUGGUGUGCAUGGAAACACCUUGCUGAGCAUCCCUACCCUUUUCAGCUUCUGGCAUGGAUUGCUCACACUGUACGUCAAAUCAAAGCUUCAUUGUUAUAUUGUUACAUGCACUAGGCUGUAUUGCAGUUCUUUCCACAAUGAAACCAAAAGGCAAGGCCAUGGAGAUGGAAAGUAAAAUACUGUAAGGAUGUGACACCAUCUUACAGGGUGAUGGGUCCACCCAUGUAAAGCAAUACUACAUGGAUGUAAGAUGUUGAGACCUAAUACAACAAGGCCUGUGGUGGAGACUCCUUGGACGACCAACCAAAAGUUAGCCGGGGAACAUGCUUGUUGUGUGACUUCAAUUACACACACAACUGCGUGCGACCUUGUGCACAUACUUGCAAAAGAGCUAUCAGAGUGCUACACAAGAUACUGGCGGUAUCAUUUAGGAGGCAGAUGGCAAAUGGGGCUCUCGUUAAUAUUUUCCAUCAUUGUUGCACUCUACUGCAACCUGAACAUGGAAGUUCGGAAGAUUGCCCCUCACGGUUCUGCCAGUAUUGUACUGUACGCACAUGUCUGCGUACCUUGUGCCUGAUGCUCUUAACGCAUGGAAAAUUGACAUAAAAUAUACGCAUGGCACACGCAUAUCCUGCAACAAACAUGUCCCUGGCCUUAGUGUCACUUUCAGACCCUUGCAACAACCUUUAAAAAAAACCUCCAUCAUAAACACACAUGCGAAGUCUGCACUAAUAUUACAGAAAAAGGUAACCCCAGCAAGCUGACUUUUCUAUCUGGCUGGCGUUUAAUUGACUUCACCAGAUCCAUUACUUUGUGUUAAAUUAUGAAUGAGUCAUAUGAUAUUUAGUUAUGUGGGACUAAACUGAAAAAAACAAACUUGUAAAAAAAAAACGUUUCUGUGUUCACUUAUGCUUGUGAAUGAAUAUGAGUUUAACUGUAAUGUUUCAAGUGUGAUAUAUGUAAAAGGUUACAUUGACAAAGGUAAGACUAUUAGUCAGUAGUUAUAUAGUCAUUGUACAUUUUCCCAUUGAUACGUAACAAAAUGACUUUUAUAUUAUUUAAUAAACUUACAAAUAUUUGAA